AGGGAAUAUAGUAGUUAGGGAACAAAGAACCAAAAAGUUCCCUCCAAAAUCCAAACCUGCCUCUCUCUCCUAAAACACCACCUUUUGAAGUUGAACCGAUCACUAUCAUCAUCGAAUUUAUUGCUCUUUCACAGUGCCAUCAAAUAUGAAGCGCUUCUUCUUUAAAUCCACCAAUCCCGCCACUCUCUUUCCUCACUCUUCCCAUAACCGUCGUCACUUACGUGUUGCCGAUAUUCUUCUCGCCGACGAAGAUAACGACGCCGUUGACUUCAUGGAUGACGUUCAUCAAACACCAUCGGACGAUUCUCAUCGUCCGACUAAAUGCUAUUCGCCUGGCUGGCUUCUUGCUAGAUUGUUUGCAGCGCUCAAGCCGAAUAAGAAGCGACGAAUUCUUAAACGCCGGGAGAAGAUACCGUCGACGCCGAUCGUCAGUGAAUCGAAAGGCGGCGAGGAAGAGUCGAGACAGUUAGAUUGGAAUGAUACAUCUUUUAAGCUAGGAGUUGGUUGUGGUUUGUUAUAUGUGGUAGCGGCGACUAAAAAUGAGCUUAGCAAGAUGGUUGGGUUGCGAAAAGAAAUGGAAGCAAUUCUUCGAAACAUGAAAGGGGAACUUGAAAUUAAAGAUGUAGUUGUUAAGUCAUUGAAACAAUGUGAUGAUGUUCUUGCCUGUUCCGUUACUGAUAUUCGAGAAGUUUCCUGUUCUAAUAGUCACCCUUCAGUUCAUUCACUAAAACCAUAUGUUCAGCCGGAGUUGAAAAGUAACGUGGUGAUUAGUAAUCGUUAUGUAGAUUAUAACAUAAGUGAACAAGGUGAAUGUGCAGAAAUAAAUGAGCUUCAGGCGGAAUUUGAGUAUGAGUUACAACGGUUGCAGGUUUAUUUGGAUGGAGAAGAUGCAUUUGAAGAUGCACAACAAGAAAGAGUUGAGGUUGCUGCUAACGACUCUAAUGUGAAAAGCGAAAGUUUAAGUUUUGGUGAAAUAAUAAUGGAACCUCAAGAACCAAGUUAUGAUAUGUCAUCUGGGGUCUCUCCAGUUGAACUGGAGAGAAGAUUGCAUGAACUACUUGAAGCAAGACUCGAAGAACGGAUAAUAGAGCUGGAGUCCGCUUUAGAAUAUGCCACACAAAAGCUCAAUGAGAAGGAGAUAACAAUUAAUUGGUGGGAAGACACUGCAAGACAUGUCCCGCACCAUGUUCCAGAAACUUCUCGAUUUACUUUCCCGCUUGAUCCUGAGGCUGCUUUUAGGUUUAGUCAAGUUGUAGGAUAGCUUUUGAAAGUGUGAAGUUGAUUAAGGCACCAAAAUAUUGUUACUACAGGCUGUGCAGUUUAAUGACCUGUGCUUCAUUAUAUAGAUUCAAUUUUUUGGAUUUCUGGUUUAGUCUUCUGCAGUAAAUGGCCUAAGCACUCAAUUUUGAGGGGAUACAGAUGAAAGCUACUAGGAUGCACUGUAAAAUUUCUCUGGAUUUAGCAAUGAACACGCAAACUCAAGCUUUUGAUGCAUUGCAGCUAUUUGUAGAAAAUUCUAUAUAUUUAUCUUGUUUAAACAAAUUAAACGUAGUAGUAUAUAUAUUUCUUCACUGCUA